CGUUACUCAAGUCUGCAUGUUUGAGCUCAGUGACUCGGACUCUUCUGAUCCCCUGAAGCGCUCUCUCAGUAGGCAGCUCACUGGGAUAUAGGCCACAGCCUGUGGGUUUUCUCCGGGACUCUCCACACGCCCCGCAGUCUCUCAGUAGAACACAUGCGGGAUAAAGAUGGCUUGAGAAACAGCAGAAACAGUUUGGACUUCUGGAAACUUCUCACUGCUCUUUAAGGCUCGAGGGAGGAAGAAAUUGCCUCAGGAAGAUCAAGCAGAAGGUCUAGGCAUUUUGAAGAUGAACAUUCAGUCAGCAAUCAGCCGUGAGAUCUUCGUACCGAAUGAUGAAAAGUUACUGGUAGCCAUUGAGGUGAGGAGAAGGAUGAAGAGGAAAGGACUGUCCUUCCUCAAUGCAAAUCGCAAGAGGGACUACUCAACGUUUCUCUGCUUGUCAGUUGCCAACAGUCGACCAGCUCAAGUCCUCAUCACUAAAGUCAAGAGGUAUCCGGGCACGCGUCAGUUUGCUAAACGAUCUCAGUGGUCUGUGGAGCAGCUUCGCCAGGUUGAUGGCAUCAACUCUGAUAAGGACACCCCUGAGUUCGACCUAGUGUUCGAUCGCACCUCUGAUCAAUGGGUGGCCGGCUCAGAUGCAGAGAAAUGCAUGUUCGUGCAAGUUCUUUAUCAUGCUUGUCGGAAGUACUGGGAGGCCAAGCUUGGAAAACCAUCAACCCCUGGAGAACAGAAGACACCGGGAGCUCCAGAGAACAAGAAGAGCCCUGGUGCUCCAAGCCAAACUAACUUUGUCAACUGUCAGCAAAAGCUAAUGGGAGAUGCUUGUUCUGUUAAUAUGGUCAUCUACCGCUGCAAGAUUUUUUUGAAGAGAAUGAAGAGCAGUAUGACUGCAAACCAGGGUCGACUUCAGCGUGAAGCAACAACAGCCGUUAAAGCAUCCAGGAGCAGGAGUAGGAGUAGCCCGUCCCCUCCGGCCGGGAAGAAGAUGGGGAACGUAAUGCGGAGGGCCAGUCAGGUUCUGAGUGAGCGCGGGGAGCGUCUGAGGGCGGAUGAGAAGACCGGACACUUCUUCCACGGAGCCAAGCAGUUUGCAGAAGCAGCUCAGAAGAUGGCUCUGAAGCAGAUUUAGACGUGUUCUGGAUGACACGCAAAUAAACUUUUUUAAAACAUAGCUUUUAAUCCUCUGGUCGCUGGAUAAAUGCAGCUUUCUCAUCUAACUCAGAUUUUGAUUUUGACUGUUUUUAUUAUUUUUUUUGCGAGCCACUGACCUCACCUGCAGAUCUGCUCAUUUUUGACCAGUUCUAGAGUAGCAGGUGGCUGAUCCUCCACUGCUGAGAUGCGUUAUUCAGUUUUUUCUGUCAUUAUUUGCUCACCAUGAAGUCCCAUCUUCUGUUGAACAGAAGAUGAAUGUUGGUCACCCAACAGUUGCUAGUCUCCAUUGACUUCCAUAGUUUCGAACAAAAAUACUAUGGUGGUGACCAGAAACUGUUUGGUGACCAGCAUUCUUCAAAAUAUCUUCUUGUUUGUUCAGCAGAAUAAAGAAACUCGUUCAUGAACCUAAAGGAGAAAUGCUGCUCUUGUGCUGACUAAUGAUUUCAAACCUCUUUAUAGUUUCAUCUAAGUGGAUUAAUUUUUAUUCUGCCAGCUGUACCCUAAUAUUACUCACAGAUUGCCAUUUAUGAGGUUUACUGUUGGUAAUGUGUACUAAUUUAAUGUACGUUUUGCAUUUUAUUUUCUGAAGCUUUAACGACUUUGUCGUUUUUUUAUUGUAUUAUUCUUUUUCAGCGCUGAAACUAUACCGCUAUUAUUUAAUAUUUGACAUUUAAGGAGGUUUCAGACAGAUUCCUACAGAUGAUACUGGUUGCCUUAACAGAGGUAUGUUUCUGCAACAUUAGUUAUGCGUAUAACAGAUGAUAUCCUCAUGAAUGACGGUACCGUCCCUCUGAUGUUCAGUUCUGUUCUGAUCACAUGAGGAGGCUGCUUUUAUCUGUUUUUUAGAUUUAAGUUCAUUAGAGAUGCUGCAAGUUGUUUUAUAAUUCCAGCUAUUCACUAUGAACUCAAUGUUCAUCUAUUUGAAUGUGAAUGUGUGUGGAUAACACUUUUUUGUUCGUCUGUCUCUUGUCCCCUAAUUCUGUGUAAUGUUAUAACAGUCAGUCUGCUUUGUUUGUGAUUGUGAACAUCAGUAGCAGGAGCAACAUGUCAUGAGAAGCCAGAGGGUGUUUUCCGCACAGAGUCGGACACCCUUCAUGUAGGCUAUGUGUGAUGCAUCCUGCUUUCUGCUGUCUCCUUAUGUCUUCGGUUUUAUAUUCAAUGAUGUGUGUGUAAUUCUAUCUGUCCUUGUCUUUGACUGCUCUUAAGAACAUGUUAAAUAUGUAAACGCCCAUCAUUUGCACAAUAAAUGAAAUGGGACCAACUUCG